AUGGAGCAUUGCAACUCACAGUUGAUACUCUUCUUUUUCCUCUUUCUCUUUGGCUUUUCUUCCAGGAAGCGGGAGGAAGAAAAUAAGCGAAAAGAGGCAGAACAGCAGAAAGGAAGGCUGAGCACAGACUUCUGCAGACCCCAAGGCUUUCCUUGUCUACUACCCAGCAUCCAGGAUGAGCCCAGCAGACAGAGCUGGGCCCCCAGCAAACAGUCUCCUGCCAGCAACACGACCCAGGGCUCUGAACCAAGAUAUUGCAGAGGGUCUCCAGGCAGAACCCCCCAGAAGGAGCAGCAUGUUUCCUCAGACUUGCAGGGAACAAACUCCAGAAAGCCAAAUGAAACAUCCAGAGAACAUUCUAAGGGCCGAUCUGCCUGUGUCCACUUCAGACCCAGUGAAGGCAAUGAUGGAAACAGGUGUUCAGGAGUCUCCUUGGUUGAGAAGUCCAGAGGUGAGACAGUUGGCAAUCAGUGGUGUGACAAGGGGAAAGCCUUCUUGAAGCAGCCCUCCUAUAUCAGGCUGCCUGGGCCUGAUGAGAAAAGAAAGGAUCCCAGUCAGGCAGCAGCAAGCCUUCCACAACAGGAUGGCCACGGGAAGCCCAGCAGGCGGCAUGACACAGCACCCAAGGCCAAAUGUGCCCCCCAGAAAAGGCGCAUUCAAGAACUCCAGGGAGGAAGGCACUCCCCCGCUGGUUCUAGCCGGCCUGGCACUGCCAGGGGGGAGGUGGUCCCUGCUGGGCAGAAUCUUCUCCACCAUCGCACACCAAGAAACAAAGUGACACAGGACAAGCUCACAAGAGGUCUCUAUUCAGAUUUGCCACACAGCACAGAGUUGAGGUCAGAAGCCAGGAAGCUGGGGACAUCCAUCCUGACUGAGGACAUACAGGUAUCUAAGGAGACUGAUUCAAUACCUGGUCCCCUCUCUGGACAGAAUGUGAAUAUAGACCGUCUCCCCGUAGAGCUCCGACUGCAGAUAAUUCAAAGAGAAAGAAGUAGGAAAGAGCUGUUUCGCAAAAAGAACAAGGCAGCAGCAACCAUCCAGCAUGCCUGGCGAAGCUACCAGCUCAGGAAGCACCUGUCCCAACUUCUGCAUAUGAAGCAGCUUGGAGCUGGAGAUGUGGACAGAUGGAACCGAGAGUGCAUAGCACUGCUCCUCCAGGUUUGGAGGAAGGAACUGGAACUAAAGCUCCCAAAGACCAUCACAGUAAGCAGGGCCCCCAAGAGUGCAUCCAAAGGCAUCUCAGGCACAAAGUCCACCAAGCAAUCGUUGCUCAAGCAAAUCUAUGGUUGUUCUCAAGAAGGGAAAGUACGUCAUCCCACAAGAUCGUCAAAAGCCCCUUCUGUGUUGCAUCUCAAUUCAGCAAGCAACUUGCAGUGUGUACAUCUUGAGAACAAUGGAAGAUCAAAGAACUUUUCUCAUAACCUGCAAUCAGCGCCCCAAUCAAAAAACAAAGCUGUGACUGCCCAUGGAAGAAGACUAUGUUCGGGGGAGCUGGAAUAACUAAUGCAGAGUUUUAAUUCUCUGAUUAUUUUUCACAUCUUGGGAAAACUUUAAUAUCCAUGCCUGAAGCUUUAUUUGCCUGAAAAUGUGGUAACAACUGAAAGAAAACGUCAGAAUGUUAUUACACAGCACUGUUUUGUCAAUCAUCUUAGCCUGCACUAAAAGGACCAGGGUAGACUAUGCCUAGCUGUGUGCCUUCCCCUCAGUCUGUACAGCUGGAAAUGAGAAUUAAUAACAACAGUAAAGUCUAAGUAAAGCUAAGAACAAGAGCACCUAAGGGGCUGCUUGCUGAGAUUUCUGCCAGCUAACUGGUACAGGACUCUGGUUUCUUUGCUCAAGUGAUGAACCUAAAUGAGAUGGGGAAACUGUCCCACAGCAGCCUUCUUCAUUUCACUACUGUCCUGGAAUCUAAUGCAAUAAACUUUAUCACAGAUACCACAUCCUCACCAUUACUCCAACAAUAUCAGUGCUAAAUUUUAGAUCACAGUCAUAACCCAGUGUUUGCAUUUAGAAAUUGUCUGUAAGACCACAGGUAUACUCUAUUGAUUCCUUACAUUUUAGUUUCCAUGUUAGCCUCUGAAGGCCACAGGUUGCUGCCACAUCCUCUCUGAAUGGCUUUCUCACUACUGGGCCUCAACAGCAGUAUCACAGUAUCAAGGAAUCAGUCAGGUAGGGUUUACAGAUCAAACUGUUCAUGCCACAAGGUGCCAACUUAGGCCUCAAACGUUCCACUUGUGUUUUCUGACCAACUUGCAAAAGUGAGCAAUUCCAAAUUCUCAAAAUGCCAUUUUUACUGGCAGGGAAAACUGUGCUAACUCUAAACUGUGCAUAGUUCAGCUCUCUGAAACACCUGCUUUAAAUAAAAUCCAGUGAUUAUGG